GGGGUGCGGCGGCUGGGCAGUGCGCGGGGUCGGGGCGCGGCGGCCAGACAGUGCGUGGGCUUGGGGCGCGGUUGCCGGACAGCACGUGGUCUCGGGGCGUGGCGGCCGGACAGCACGUGGGCUCGAGGCGCGGCGGCCGGGCAAGAGGGCGGCGGUCGGACGGCACCGGUCUCUGGGAGCUGACGGCACAGCUGCUGCCGAGCUCCGUGUUCCUGCAGGUAGACGACAGCUUGCCUGUCCAGUCUCACCGGAAUCGUCGCCCUGUUUGUGCGCCAUCCGCACAGCAUCACUCCCUCAUCGCCUCGCACCAGUCUGUCCAUGGUGAAUAAAUAAACGAGCCUCACGUGUCUGGUGGACGGUACGCGUGGCCUGCUGGGCCAGCAAUCGGCCUGCAGUCGAGUGUUUCGGUCGGCGGCGGCACCACCGCGGUCACGGCACCAUGACGGACGACCAGGAGCCGCUCGUCAACGGCACCGCUGCCCGUCCAGACAAGCGCCUGUUCACGCCGGGCCCGCUCAACACGCGACCGGAGGUGCGGCGCGCCAUGCUUCGCGACCUCGGCUCGCGGGAUACGGCGUUCGUCGACACGGUGCGCCGGAUCCGGCGCGGCCUGCUGCAGCUGGCCGGCGUGUCGGAUGACCAGUUCACGGCCAUCCCGGUCCAGGGGAGCGGCACGUACGCGAUCGAAGCGGUCCUGCAGACGGUGUCACCCCGCGAGGGAGCGAAGAUGCUGGUCCUCUGCAACGGCGCCUACGGCCGGCGUAUGGAGCAGAUCUGCCGCACGGCUGGCAUUGCGUGCGAGACGUUCAACCAGUCGGAGGAGCAGGCGCUGUCACCGGCCGCAGCUGCGCCGCUGCUCGCCGCCGGCCCGCUCUCCGCUGUUGCUAUGGUACACUGCGAGACCAGCAGCGGCGUGCUCAACCCUGUGGCUGAGCUGGGGCGACUGGUGCGCCAGCUGCAGCCCGGCGCCGCGUUCAUCGUUGACUCGAUGAGCGCGUUCGGGGCGGUGCCGCUGGACCUGGAGGCGGCCGGCGUCGACUACCUGGUCAGCUCGGCCAACAAGUGCAUCGAGGGCGUGCCCGGCUUCGGAUUCGUCAUCGCUCGGCUCGAGCGUCUGAAGCAAACCAAAGGUAACAGCCGCAGCCUCAGCCUGGACCUGUUCGAUCAGUGGGCAGGGCUGGAGCGCAGCGGCCAGUUCCGGUUCACGCCGCCCACGCACGCCCUGCUGGCGUUCGACUGCGCGCUGCAGGGGCUGCUGAGCGCCGGCGGCGUGGCCGCGCAGGCGUCCCGCUACCGCGCCAACAACGUCAUCGUGAAGCGCGGCCUGCGCCGGCUGGGCUUCCGGCCGCUGGUGCGCGACGGCGACGACUGCUACAUCAUAACGUCGUUCCUGUGUCCCACGCACGCAAACUUCUCGUUCACGGAACUGUACCGCCGGCUGUCGGCGCUGGACCAGGUCAUCUACCCGGGCAAGGUGACCGACGCAGACUGCUUCCGGAUCGGGAACAUCGGCGACCUGCACGAGCCGGAUAUGCACCGGCUGGUGGACUGCGUGGAGACCGUGCUGCGUGACAUGCAGGUACCGAUCCCGGUCACCUACGGCGACCCGCAGUGAGACCGGCUCUCCAGCACCGCCGUCGUAGGCAGCGUGCCGCACGGAAUCCGACCGAGACGUAACACGGCAGAGCGGCGAUUAGUGGCGCUUGUAUUCCGAUAAAGUGGUCGGUGGUGAUUGCUGGGGCGCACACGGAGAGCCCGGUACCACGCACCGAGGGUCCGUAAGCAAAUUAAUUGCACGCGUGUGUACAUCCGGCGGCUGGUUUCAGUGUUGAGCAAAUGUUAAUACAACUGGUGAACAUCAGACGUCCCGACGUCUUCGUGUCACCAUUACACCAUUCA